AUGGCCGAGCUCGAGCGAUUCGUCAAAGACGGUGCCUCGAAAUGCCCCGGUAUGAUAAAAUUUGACACCGAGUUCGACUUCGCGAGGUACGCUUACAUCGGAUCCCAGAAUCUUCUAGUAACUACGGUUGGCGGUGUCGGAGCUCUCACCGAUUUCAAGCAGGGGAAGUGCCCGCAGGAUCUAUGA